AUGAGCUACCCCAAGAAAUGGGAAAGUUAGAAAAACUGGAGGAACUUUACAUAGGCGAGACUGCUAUAGGGAAAAUUCCUCAAUGUAUAAGUUCUUUGAAGAUGCUGAAAGUGCUUGAUGCCGCUGGUUGCGAAUCAUUAUUUGAACUUUCCGAUUCAAUUAGCCAUCUAGUAAAUUUGUUGACCCUUGACUUGAGAGAUUGCCCUAAGCUAUGUAAACUUCCCGAGAGUAUUGGAUCCCUUGUGAAAUUGCAGCGCUUGUCAUUUGGACCUCGAGAUAAACGUGAUUGGUCGCAAGCGUAUCCAAAAUUGAACCAGCCAUAUGAAGGCAUUUGUGAAUUACCCAAAUCCAUUGGGGAUUUGAAAAAUUUGAAAUUUUUGCAAAUUUGUUGUUGUAUUGAAUUGAGUAAUUUACCUAGUACUAUUAGCAAGUUGGGCAACCUUGAAGAAUUAGAUGCCUCACAUUGCGAGAGUUUGGGAGGGAAAAUUCAUAUAGAUGGGUUGUCUUCACUGAAGAUCCUUCAAUUAAGUUCCACAGGUGUUUCUGGCUUCCAUGGCACAUUCAAUAAGGUUUCUUGUCUUGAGGAACUUAAAUUAGGUGACUGCCAGAUGCUUCAAUCGUUGCCGGAGCUUCCUACCUCUUUAACAGUUUUGAAAGUUAGCGGUCAACAUAGCACAUUUCCUCAACUUUCUCAUUUAAUCCACCUGAAAAAGCUCACCGUCAAGGAUUGCCCAUUGUUGAAAUCCAUGCCAGAGCUUCCUUCAAGAUUAUUGAAACUUUCUGUCAGCAAUUGUGGUGAGUUGAAAGAGUUACCGAGUUUGUCAAGAUUGGAAUUAUUGUCAAAAUUAUAUCUUAACUUGUGCAAAGAGCUGACAGAGAUUAGGGGUGUAGAGGGAUUAAAAUCCUUAGCAACACUUAUUGUUCCUGAAUGCUCAAAGUUGUCCAACCUUGAUGGCCUUGAACAUCUAGAAUCUUUGAGAUUGUUGCAUAUAUGGACAAGUGGUCCAAUAUUGAAAGAUGAUCAAGUUCGAGGUUUUGAAAAAUUGAAAAACUUGGAAAGUCUAGUUAUAGUGGGGUGUGAGUCCCUUGUAAGAGUGGACGUUUCGCAAUUAACACAUUUAGAGUGGUUAGAUUUUUGUGGAUGCUGUAAUCUACUCGAAAUUAAAGGCCUUGAGAGAUUGAAAAACUUGACAACGUUAAAUCUCGUGGGGUGCCCAUCUAUUGAUACAUUACCAGACCUCUCGUGCUUCCAUAACCUGGAAUUUGUGUUUGUUGACAACCGCUCGAACAUCCCUGAUUUUCGGGGAGUGAGGAGAGCCAAAUAUUUGGGCAACGGACGGUAUUCGCGCUAGCCUCAGUAAAUUUUCUACAUCCGUCAAAUUUCAAAGAUUCAAUGAAGUAAUGGGGGUCAUUCUCGCAUGAACUUCCGGAUAUCGCGGAGCUCCGGGACUCGAGGCGUCCAAACUCUAAAAAGGCGUUCAGCGAUGCAACUUAUCGGACGAGUCAAGAGGUACUUGGCCACAACGUCCGGAACGAUUCACGUUUCAUCAGAGAAGGAGGUCAAAGUUGAGAAAGCAGAGGAGAUCGAGUUCGAAAACGGCACACGCGGCAACGUCAUUCUUCGCGUCAAAUGCAGAUAAGUUGCACCAGCUCCUCCGGUG